UGGGCCCCGCCUCCCUGCCUGCCCUUCGCCAUGGCGGAGCCUGUUCCAGCCCCGGGGGAGGAAGGCGCGGCGGAGUGUGCGGGGCGCGGGUGGUGGGGCGGGGGGCUGCGCUGGUCGGCCGAGCCCGUGCUGCUCCUCUGCACCCUGGCGCUGGGCCUGGAGGAGCCCCUCUGCACCCAGUACCUGUGGCACAGGCUCGGGGAGGGCGGCGGGGCCCAGAAUGGCACCCCACCGGCAGCAGAAGCCGGGGCGGGGUGCACCAACCAGAGCCAGGGCAGCGGGGGCGCCCAGGAACAGGAGCUGGAGGCCUUGGUGGCCCGCUGGAACCUCUACCUGAACCUCUCGGGCUUCCUGGUGGGCCUCUUUGCCGUGACCCUCCUGGGCCCCUGGAGUGACUCCGUGGGCCGCCGCUCGGCCCUGACCCUCCCGGCGCUGGGCAUGACCCUCGAGGCGGGCAUCUUCCUUGUCGUCAUGUACGGCCAGUGGCCGGUGGGCUACCUCCUGGUGGGCCGCAUCGUGGCUGGCCUCUCCGGCGACUACAACCUCGUCUUGGCCGCCAGCUUUGCCUAUGCCGCCGACAUCACCACUGCGUCAACACGGACGUUCAGAGUGGCCGUCUUGGAGGCUUGUUUGGGCUUGGCCGGGAUGGCGGCCAGUUUGGCUGGGGGCCCGUGGCUCCGGGCUCAAGGCUACGUGGCGCCCUUUUGGAUGGUCUUCGGCACCAGUUUGGCUGCCACAGCCUACGCCGCCUUCAUUCUCCACGAAUCCGUGGCCCAGCCCCAACCCGCCAAGCUCCUCACCACCCGCCAUUACAGGGCCGUUGCCCGCCUCUACGUGGGCCCUGCCCGGAAGAAGCUCGUCCUCUUCACCCUGGCCUUCUUCUUCGUGGUCACAGUUCACUUCGGCACCAGGGGCCUCUUGGUGCUCUUUGAACUCGGCUCCCCGCUCUGUUGGGGCCCAGAGAUGGUCGGCCUCGGCUCUGCUGCCUCCUACCUGACCUUCCUGAGCAGCUUGGCGGCACUGCGGCUGCUCCAGAAAUGGAUGCCGGAGGCCUGGGUGGCCGAACUGGGGCUCCUGUCUAAUGUCUCUGGGCUAGUGGUCCUCUCCAUGGCAAUGACAACAACGCUCAUGUUCACAGGUUACGGCCUCCUCUUCCUCUCCAUGACGGUCACUCCCAUCCUCCGGGCAAAGCUGUCUAGGCUGGUGGACGAGACGGAGCAAGGGGCGCUCUUCUCCGCCGUGGCCUGCGUGGAAGGUCUCUGCUCCUUGGGGGCUACGGGGGUCUUCACUGCCCUCUACCCAGCCACCCUCCCCUUCAUGAAAGGAUUCCCCUUCCUCUUCGGCGCCAUCCUCCUCCUCCUCCCGGCGGCCAUCAUUGGCUGGAUACAAAUCCAGGACUCCAAGCCCGAAUAUCGGCAUUUUACCGACGUGGCCGAACCCUCACCGGGACCCACUGACUCGGGGUCCACCGUAGCCGAAAAUGGAUCUGAAACGAGUUCGACAAGGUAGCCAAAUAUGGCCUAAUAAGUCUUCCUUAAGUUUAUCUGUGAACACUGAGGUCUAGAAGCUUGAUUUUUCUCCAGAAAAAUUGUUGCAAACGCAGUAAUAAAAUGCGGGUGCGACACCCUUUUUUUUUUUGCACACGCUGCUGCGAUAAUCUUAUCUCUUUGUCCCUGGUUUUAUGACUCCGUGAGGCCUCCAGCCUUGAAGAUGGGCCCGAAUCCCUCCGUUUCCUCUUCCCCCCUUUUGUUCCUUAUCUGCCUUUGCCAAGAGAUCAAGGAUCAUAAAGAGGUUUGAUUCAC